GGGCGGGCACAGUGUAGGGUUACAGUCCAUUUAUGGGCGCAGCAGAGGGCAGAUAUCAGAGUGGAUGGCAUUCAUCCCCAGCUAUUCUUAGGAGUCUCUCAGGAGCUCCACACAGCCUGGCUGUGCAGUAAGGGACAGAGCAGAGGCUGCCGCUGUCAGCACCAGCAUGUCCUACAGUGUGACCCUGACCGGGCCUGGGCCCUGGGGCUUCCGUCUGCAGGGUGGCAAGGACUUCAACAUGCCGCUCACUAUCUCCCGGAUCACGCCCGGCAGCAAGGCUGCCCAGUCCCAGCUCAGCCAGGGCGACCUUGUGGUGGCCAUUGACGGCGUCAACACAGACACCAUGACCCACCUGGAGGCCCAAAACAAGAUCAAGUCUGCCAGCUACAACCUGAGUCUCACACUGCAGAAGUCGAAGCGUCCCAUUCCCAUUUCCACGGCAGCACCCCCGAUCCAGUCCCCACUGCCGGUGAUCCCCCACCAGAAGGACUCUGCUCUGGACAUGAACGACAGCCUGGUGGCACCCAGCCCCAACCCUGAGGCGAGGGCCAGCCCGGGCUCCGCAGGCACCCCGGAGCGCAGGCAGACCUUUAGCUCCUUCUCCCAGACCUCCAUCUUCUCCUCACAUACAGAGGCUUCUGAGCCCGGUCCUCCACAGAGCAGCCUGGGGGCCAAGACCAGUCCGGAGAGGGCCCUGGACUCACUCAGCCCAAAAGUCUGGCUGGGCUCAAGCCAGCCAAGGCAGUAUAACAACCCCAUUGGCCUGUACUCGGCAGAGACCCUGAGGGAGAUGGCUCAGAUGUAUCACAUGAGCCUCCGAGGGAAAGCCUCAGGUGCUGGACUCCCAGGAGGGAGCCUUCCUGUUAAAGAUCUCACUGUGGACAGUGCCUCUCCCGUAUAUCAGGCUGUGAUCAAGAACCAGAACAAGCCUGAAGACGAGGCUGAUGAGUGGGCCCGCCGCUCCUCCAACCUGCAGUCCCGCUCCUUCCGCAUACUGGCCCAGAUGACGGGGACAGAAUACAUGCAAGACCCUGACGAAGAAGCUUUGCGAAGGUCAAGCACCCCUAUUGAGCAUGCUCCAGUGUGCACCAGCCAGGCCGCCACCCCGCUGCUGCCCGCUUCUGCCCAGCCGCCCACUGCUGCCUCUCCCAGCGCAGCCUCGCCACCCCUGAUCGCAGCCACUGCCUGUGCCGCCACCUCUGCCGCAGCCCCUGCCUCAAGCCCUGCGGACAGUCCAAGGCCCCAGGCCUCUGCCUACAGGCCCGCAGCAGCAACCUCUCCAGCACCCGUUGCCCACACAUACUGUGAGGCCUCAGCUGCCCCUGCACCCAAGCCCCGGGUUGUCACCACCGCCAGCAUCCGGCCUUCUGUCUACCAGCCAGUGCCUGCAUCUACUUACAGCCCAUCCCCAGGGGCCAAUUACAGUCCAGCUCCCUACAACCCCUCACCUGCCCCUGCCUACACCCCCUCGCCUGCUCCUACCUACUCCUCUUCCCCAGCACAAGCCUAUUCCCCCUCACCAGCCCCAAGCUAUAACCCUGCACCCUCAGUGGCCUAUAGUGGGGGCCCUGCAGAGUCUGCCAGCCGGCCCCCAUGGGUGACAGAUGACAGCUUCUCCCAGAAGUUUGCUCCUGGCAAGAGCACAACCUCCAUCAGCAAGCAGACUCUGCCCCGAGGAGCCCCUGCCUACACCCCGACGGGUCUCCAGGUGUCCCCACUGGCCAGGGGCACCGUCCAGAGGGCCGAGCGCUUCCCAGCCAGCAGCCGGACUCCACUCUGUGGCCACUGCAACAACGUCAUCCGGGGUCCCUUUCUGGUAGCCAUGGGCCGCUCCUGGCACCCAGAAGAGUUCAACUGUGCCUACUGCAAGACCUCCCUGGCAGACAUGUGCUUUGUAGAGGAGCAGAACAAUGUUUACUGUGAGCGGUGUUAUGAACAGUUCUUUGCCCCCGUCUGUGCCAAGUGCAACACCAAAAUCAUGGGGGAAGUGAUGCAUGCCCUGAGACAGACAUGGCACACCACCUGCUUCGUCUGUGCGGCCUGCAAGAAGCCCUUCGGGAACAGCCUUUUCCACAUGGAAGAUGGGGAGCCCUACUGCGAGAAAGACUACGUCAAUCUGUUCAGCACCAAGUGUCAUGGCUGUGACUUCCCAGUGGAGGCUGGUGACAAGUUUAUCGAAGCCCUGGGGCAUACCUGGCAUGACACCUGCUUCAUUUGCGCAGUUUGCCACGUGAAUCUGGAGGGACAGCCAUUCUACUCCAAGAAGGAUAAACCACUGUGCAAGAAACAUGCACAUGCCAUCAACGUGUAGGGAGCCCCAGACAUCUGCUGUGGACCGGCUGGGAGCACUCAUGCUUCUGGCAACAAAGGAUUCAAGGAGGCUGAUGCUUCUUUUUGGUGUUAGGGGAAGACAGAAAGCUACUGAGCCUUUUAGAAGUAUAAUUUUAGUCCUUUCUCCUGCACACAGAUUGUGUAUUUGCAUAGUUUAGACUAGAAGCCAAAUGAAGAUUCCUAAACCAAGCUAGUAAUUAAUCCAACACUGGAAUUGUACUUCAAAUGUUUAGGGCAGAAUUCCAAAAACUCAACAGGGAAGAACAGCAAGUAACUUUCCCAAAGGGAUACACUUCCCUGAAGUCAUGAGAGCAGGGACAGAGCUCAGAGCAGUGAUGGAGAAUCUGGAGCAUUCUGUGCGGUUUUUUAGAGCUCCUCUGGCCAACAAGAUGAAGUGCCAGACAGUACUCACUGUGGGGUAUUUUUAGAGCCAUAGCUGAGAGCUUGUUAGCUAAGACCCAUUGGACUUUCCUCACCAAAAAAGGAAGUGUUAUUCCAUUACUAGCGUCACGGAACUACCUCUGCGCAUCAGACUUCAGACCUUAACAAACCUGAAUGUUCUAAGGCAGUCCAGAUACCCGAAGAGAUGUCUUCUGGGAGCUGCUGGGCACAUCGCACAGCCUCGGGAAGGGCCCUGGCACACGCUGCAGAUGAGCGACCCUCUCUCUAUCUAAAACUCCCAACGUCCCCAGAAGGUUUAGCUCCAUUUGGAAUUGUGAUGGCAAAGUGGAACUGGGUUUUUCCAGUUUUGCUUUGCUGUGUGCGAGAGGAGAUUUUAAAAUGAGGCUGGGUUGUGUCUGGCCUUUGUUUUGCUUUAUGAGGUUCGCUAGAAUGAAUGUCCAGUCUUGUGCAUGUAUUUUACCCCCAUCCUGUGACUGUUCACUUAUGAAGUCUUCCUCUGCACCCCUUCCCUCUACAGGCUUAGUGAUCUGGAAAAGAAGAGAGAGGCAGUGUCUGAAACAGGAUGGCAGGGUAGGCUGAGAAAGUGUGCAAACUCUGGGUGGGGAAGAGGAACCUUAUUUCCUGCCAGCUCAAUAAGCACCCCUGAUUAGCAGGACCUCCCACCUAGAUCUGCACCAUCCUUCUCUGAGGUUCCUUUACAUACAGCACACUGAUCAUGUACAGUUGUUGGCUGUUAGAAGGAAAAGAUGAACUGAUAUAUACUCAUUUGCCAUUUUGGCCAAUAUUUUGAAACUAUAUGAGCUGAGUUGAUCUAGCAAUUACUGAACUAUUUAUCGAAAUAGACUUGGGUCUUCAAACUUCUUUAAAAUAUUAGUUACAGUAUGAGUUUAGUAAGCAUUUUAAAGCUGUUUGGUGAUAAAGAAGCUUAGUUUCUGAGAUUGGAAACAAUGUAGUCUCUCUUUUAGGAAGCACUGUUACUCUGCUUAUUGAACAUGGCCUUAAAGCAGGCAGUUUGAGUGGAUGUUUCUCACUUGAGCACAAUACUUAGGCACUCUUUCAACUCACUGCUAUUCUCUCCUCACUCCUGUUUGGAUUUUCUCUUUGCACGUUUGAAAAUAUUUUAUGAGAAAGCAUCAGAACACUGUUUCUUCUGAGAACUAAGGCUUCCAGGGACUGCUCUUCUGCCUGAAUGUGACCCUUCUCCCUGAGGGAGAAGGAAGGAGAUAGAUAGGUCCCUAGGAGGAGGCCUGUGUUUUUUCUUUGUCCAAGGGUGAGGUCACCAAUGUCCCCCAGGAAGCACCAGGUGGGACAUGAACGUGCUCCUAGCACAGGGCCCUUCUUCACCUUUGGUGUGUUGAGAAAGUGAAUAUAAAGCACCAGAGUAAACAUCUGCUGGGAAUGCCUGAGGAUUUUCAGGAGUUGCAAACAAGUACGUUGGAGCAUUCUGUUAUUUUUGGAAAGUUCAAAUGUACAAGGACAAAGAGGUUGCUGACUAUACAGAAAGCUCUAGGCAGGUUUUCUCUUAAAAAAAAAAAAGUUAUUAAAUUAUCAGGGACUGGUUUCAAGGAAAGGAGACAAGUUCCCUAGAGUUAAGAUUCCAAAAAUAUCUUUUAAAAGGGUUUGCAUGUGUAUGCGUGCACAUGCGCAGGCACACACACACUUGUUCUCUCUCACAUACACUUGUGUGUGUGUGUGUGAUCAUUUAAAAGUGUAUUAUUCUUAAAAAGAAAAGUGAAGUAUCUCAAAGGAGGCCUUCACCAUAGUCAUUUAUCGAAUCAGGUUUUCUCCAUCUCAGAGCUAGUGUCAAUUCUGAGGAAGUCUUUUAUUUACCAAAACACAAAACAAAACAAAAAAAUCUUAAAAGUAGCAGGCAAAGGAAGUAGUUUUCAGAAUGGUCUCUUUGGUGUUUGUAAGUUUGGUAUAGUGUUGGGGUUAAGGUUGUGUCUGUGUCAAGUUAACAUCAUGGAUGUCCUAUACCACCAAACACAGUUUUUCAUAGUUCAUGGUGAGGAGAACACUUUGAAUCUACAGUUCUUGUCUCCUCAUUGUUGACAUUUAUUUAACAUUUAUAAACAUUAACUUUUUGCAACUGAGUGACUAGUGUCUGGAGUGUUUGUGUUAGGAAUCCAGCUUUUAUAACAUUAACUUUUCAACCCAGGUACUCUUACUUCGGAUUUUUUUUAAUUUUAAGAUUUCAAAAGUGGAAUGUUGUGUGCUUGAGGUUGCACAAAAGUAUUUUGCAUGUUUUAUCUUGUUUUUUGCCAGUGUGAAUCCUACUUUUUAGCAAAAUAAAACCCAAAAUAGGAUGUGCAAACA